UCAGUCGGUGUCAUUUGUGUUAGUCUUGUGCAUACGUUUAUUGGAGACUGUUGACUUUGAGUCACGUUAAUCUGUCUGGGACAUUGUGAAAGUUUAUCUCGCUGGGGAAGAGUUAAUAAGAAGAUACACGCCACGGGAGUGUUAUGUCUGAAAGGUUCGUAGUUAUCCCUGUUGGGAGACCUGAAGAAGCAAACAACAAGGUGACAGACACUUCACCUGGGAGACAAAGAUGGUCUGGGAAUGGGAAUGACAGCGCUGUUGCUCAGGAAACGGCAGCAACAGCUGUACCCAUCUUAGAGUACAGCAGGGAACCAAACAAAUACGGAGAUGGAAACCCACAAGAAAGUAGCCCCUUUAUUAACAGCUGUGACCUUGACAGAGGAAACCUCUAUGAUGGGAAGAACAUGGCACUGUUUGAGGAGGAGAUGGACAGUAACCCCAUGGUGUCAUCACUUCUCAAUAAACUGGCAAAUUACACUAAUUUGACUCAGGGUGUGGUCGAACAUGAAGAGGCGGAGAAUAAUGAGGGGGCCAGGAAGAAGGAAAUUAAAAGUCCCCAAAUGGGUACCUUCAUUGGAGUGUACCUCCCGUGCAUGCAGAACAUUCUGGGAGUAAUCCUUUUCCUCCGUUUCACCUGGAUUGUUGGAACUGCUGGCAUCCUUGAGUCCUUCGCCAUUGUCUUCAUGUGUUGUUCUUGUACUAUGCUUACUGCUAUAUCAAUGAGUGCAAUUGCAACAAAUGGUGUUGUACCAGCUGGUGGUUCGUACUAUAUGAUUUCAAGGUCUCUUGGUCCAGAGUUUGGAGGGGCAGUGGGACUUUGCUUUUACCUGGGGACAACAUUUGCUGGUUCAAUGUAUAUCCUUGGUACCAUUGAAAUUCUUCUGACCUACAUUGUCCCAAAUGCAGCCAUAUUCAAAGGUGAAAAUGGUGGAGAGACAGAGGCCAUGCUUAACAAUAUGAGGGUCUAUGGAACCUGUUGUAUUGUUUUAAUGGCCUUGGUAGUUUAUGUUGGAGUCAAAUACGUGAACAAACUUGCACUGGUGUUCCUAGCCUGCGUGGUGCUUUCUAUUUUUGCGAUCUAUGCUGGUGUCAUCAAAAGUGCCUUUGAUCCUCCUGAUUUUCCAAUAUGUCUCCUGGGAAACCGGACCUUAUUAAGUCGCAACUAUGAUGUGUGUGCGAAGGUUGUAAUAGAAGCAAAUGAAACAGUGACCACCAAGCUCUGGAGCCUGUUCUGUGACAGUCCUUCCCUCAACGCCUCCUGUAACGAAUAUUUUGAGAUGAAUAAUGUCACAGAAAUACAAGGAAUCCCUGGACUUGCCAGUGGAGUUAUAACUGAUAAUCUCUGGAGUGAUUAUGGACUUCAGGGAAUGUUGGUAGAAAAGAAAGACCAGCCUUCCAUCUUUGCACCAGACUCAACAUUCACUUCUCCCUAUGUGUCCAAUGAUAUUGCUACCUUUUUCACUCUCUUGGUUGGGAUCUAUUUUCCUUCUGUCACAGGUAUCAUGGCAGGUUCUAACAGAUCAGGCGAUCUUAAGGAUGCUCAGAAGUCCAUCCCUGUUGGCACUAUUAUGGCUAUAGCAACCACCUCAUUUAUUUAUAUGUCUUGUGUUGUAUUGUUUGGUGCUUGCAUUGAAGGUGUGGUUUUAAGAGACAAGUUUGGGGAGGCAGUGAAUGGGAAUCUGGUGAUUGGUAUUUUAUCUUGGCCCUCCCCAUGGGUGAUUGUCAUUGGCUCUUUAUUCUCCACGUGCGGAGCUGGUCUGCAGAGUCUUACAGGAGCACCUCGUCUGCUGCAGGCCAUUGCGAGAGACGGAAUAGUGCCUUUUCUACAAGUGUUUGGUCACGGUAAAGCAAAUGGAGAACCGACCUGGGCUUUGCUGCUCACUGCAGGCAUAUGUGAAAUAGGAAUUCUGAUAGCAUCUCUUGACAGUGUAGCACCCAUUCUCUCAAUGUUCUUCUUGAUGUGCUACAUGUUUGUAAACCUGGCUUGUGCUGUACAAACACUGCUUUGUACACCUAACUGGAGACCCCGCUUCAAAUUCUACCACUGGACUCUUUCAUUCCUGGGAAUGAGCCUUUGUCUUGCCUUAAUGUUCAUCUGUUCUUGGUACUAUGCCUUGGUUGCCAUGUUGAUUGCUGGAUGUAUAUACAAAUAUAUUGAAUACAGAGGAGCUGAAAAGGAAUGGGGUGAUGGAAUCAGAGGCUUGUCUCUCAAUGCAGCUCGCUAUGCUCUGAUCAGGCUGGAGGAAGCCCCUCCUCACACAAAGAACUGGAGGCCCCAGCUGAUGGUGUUAUUGAACUUGGACUCGGAACAGAAUGUUAAACAUGCUAGACUCCUCUCAUUUACCACACAGCUGAAGGCAGGGAAAGGACUGACCAUAGUUGGGUCUGUGAUUGAGGGGACAUAUAUGGCAAAACACCCAGAAGCAAAACAUUCUGAGCAGAAUGUUAAGUCUGCAAUGGCUGCAGAGAAGACCAAAGGUUUCUGUCACGUUGUGGUCUCCUCUAAUCUACGAGAUGGGGUUUCCCACCUCAUCCAGUCUGCAGGCUUGGGAGGAAUGAAGCACAACACUGUUCUCAUGGCCUGGCCAAAGUUGUGGAAACAACAAGAGGAUCCCGUCUCCUGGAGGAAUUUUAUUGAGACUGUAAGGGAGACGACAGCAGCACACCAGGCUCUGCUGGUUGCUAAAAACAUUGACUCAUUUCCAAGCAACCAAGAGCGCUUCAGUUAUGGAACCAUUGAUGUCUGGUGGAUCGUCCACGAUGGAGGACUGCUUAUGCUACUGCCCUUCCUUCUUCAACAGCACAAGGUGUGGAGGAAAUGUAAAAUGCGCAUCUUUACUGUGGCCCAAUUGGAUGACAAUAGUAUUCAGAUGAAGAAAGACUUGCAGAUGUUUUUGUACCACCUGCGACUUAACGCAGAGGUAGAGGUAGUUGAAAUGCAUGAAAGCGACAUCUCUGCCUUCACAUAUGAAAAGACUCUGGUGAUGGAGCAGAGAUCUCAGAUGCUGAAGCAGAUGCAGCUCUCCAGAACUGAAAGAGAACGAGAGAUUCAGAGCAUCACUGACGGGUCUCGUAGCUCCAUUAGAAGAAAGAACCACUCUAAUCAGCCGUCUGAUGGCCAAGAUGAAAUUGUCAUACAGCUCGCUGACAAAGAGGAAGAGGCCCAGUUAAUCCACGACAGAAACACAGCAUCACAUGCAGCCAUUAGCGAGAAGGUUGAUGCUGUUCCAGAUCGAGUCCACAUGACGUGGACCAAAGAGAAGUUCACCGCUGAAAGGAACAGAAACAGAGAACCUGCAGGAAUGGGGGUCAGGGACCUCUUCAACAUGAAACCAGAAUGGGAAAGUCUGAAUCAGUCAAAUGUGAGGAGAAUGCACACUGCAGUGAAACUUAACGAGGUGGUUGUAAAUAAAUCCCAGGAUGCUCAUCUGGUGUUGCUGAACAUGCCUGGACCGCCGAAAAACAAAUGUGGGGAUGAGAACUAUAUGGAGUUUUUAGAAGUCCUAACAGAGGGCCUCAACAGAGUUCUUCUGGUUCGGGGUGGCGGACGGGAGGUGAUCACUAUUUACUCCUAGGUUUGAUUCAAAGGAGAAGCUGACAAGAAAACACUACUCGGCAUGCUUCAGUCAUUGGAUGCUGUAGAUUGGAUUUUGGACCUCAAAUAAAAACCUGCUUAGUGCAAGUGAUAUACCAGCACAGCUAUAGAAAGUGGUGUUCACUUUGAAAGGAUGUGCUAUCUGUAAUGAGAUGAUGGGAACACUGUAUCUGUAUUUAUGAACAGCUGGUGCACCAGCCUGUGCAAAGACAAAUGCGGUAGACCACUAUGUCAUUACAGAAUCCACAGGCACAUCUGCAUUAGUUAUGUUUUAUUUGUUAGUAAGCUCCGUCUAUACCUAUACAGUAUGUGAUACAUUGUGUCAACAUAUUUUAGAACCAUUGAAUAACCAGUUUUAUUUAGUAGGCCAACCAGCCAUUAGAAACUAGUAGAAAAUAACGUUAUUUUAGGUUGUAGUAGGGUGUGGGAAGACACAAAACAGACACAAAGUUCAAAUAUGAAACACCGGCACAGGCGCCCAGAUUUCUUAGUUUGCGCUCAGUUGGCAGGUGUUUUGUUACAGUUCAGGACACUCUACCAACAAUGGUAUUGUGCCCCGUCUUCAUACAACACACAGGUGUGUAAUCCAAAAGAACAAUAAGUAAAAAGGCGAAAGGAAAAAGGAAAACAAAAUACUUUAAGGAAAAACUACAAAAUAAAGUGUGCAGGUUUUUUCCACGGCUCGUUGCUCCCUCUAGCGGUGGAAGCCCAGAGGAACAGGCACUGCUCUGCACCCUCUCGUACACUGUGGGACGGCUCAGUCCCGCUAAACUCACUCACUAAAACAGUAUCCCAAUAAAUAAACCUGUGUGCCUUGCUUGCACCACGAGUCUGUAAGCCUCGCGCUGAAGUGCCACUCCGUCUCUCCGAGUCGCUGCUCCAGAGCCUCUGAUUGUUCAGGAUUCAGCCGUGAAGUCACGCUCCACUAUGUUUCCUGCAUGAGCCAGAGAGGAUACAAAACAGCGCCUUUUUAUUAAUUCAUUCACCCCGUGUAGUCCCACCCCCCAGCCAAUGACAGAACGUCAGCCAAUUUCCUCACAGCUGAGUCCCUUCAUAACACAUUACCUGACAGCGUGGGAAUACACGGAGAAUACAACCCCCCUACAGGCUCCUGCAUGCACCUGACGGUCUUUUUUUUUUUUUAAAGCAUAAAGCAUGUAUUGAGACCCCAGAAUAAUGUUGCACACUCCAUAUUUCACUCCUUGGUCUGAUGUAAUGCAGCCUGUAAUUCCUUGUACAUACACAGUAUUUAGUGAUACAUUUCAAAUCCAGUUUAGCACCUUUGUUUUAAAUAGGAUGCUAUGUUUAUUGGUUUUCUGUAGGACAGAUCUACAGUAUAGUUUAUUUUGACUUGCAAUAAUCAAAAUGUUAUUCAUUUUCUGAACCCAAAAUUGUAAAGCAAUAUGUUCAAAUAAGGAGGCCAGCAAAGGAUGUAGGAUGUUUCUAUACAUUUUGCUACAAAUGUACAUUUCAGUAAAACUGGUUUUAAAAUCCAUGACUUGUUGCUGUUACACUUGUUAAAGCAAACUCUUUUAAAUAAGGUUUACAUAUCCAAAAAAUCUUUUGAAUGUUUUUUUGUUGUUGUUGUUGUUCAUUAUUCCCUGUGCAUUUGUUAUACUGUGUAGAGAAAAUUAAGAUUUUGGAUAGUGAAAACGUGUUUCAGUGUUUUUGUUGUAACAAGGGGUGUGCAAUUUGUAGAUUUAUAGAAUAAUAAUUAGUGCAUUAAAAUUGACACAUUCCACACAUAAACUGAAGCAUAUAAUUUCAUGAAAAAACAAAAAAUUCAAAAAUGACAAUAGCCGUAGAUUUGUCAAUACAUUUUCAACAAUGUAAUAACGUUGGAAUUUUAGUGUCGAAUUAUUUUUUGAAAUAUAUUUGUUUUAAUAAUAAUAUGUUUGUUAGUUUAUAUUAACAGCAAUAAUAAAUAUGUGUGUGAUGUACAGAAUGUGGUUCAUUCCAUAAUAUUUAUUAGUAAAACUAGGGGUGAAUGAAUCUAGUCUUUUUGAUUGAAAAUUUGAGCUCUCUGAAUAUGCGUUUAUUUUUUUUAAGCUACUUUUUGUCACAUUGUUUGCUUUGUAAAUUGCAACUCCCGUCCUUGCCACAUUGUUUUACUUAUUGAAUCCCAUAAUACAUCUAGAUCAUUGAUACAUUUAUAACAAAAAAAGGAAAAUACAAUUUAAAAAAAUUAAAAUAACUAAGAACAUUAAACAAUUUCAAGCUUGGUCAGGGAUAUUCUAUAAGAACAGAGGAUACUAAAAACAAUAAAUGCAGUAAUGAUUUAAUGAUGACGCUCUCAAGUCGAAACAAACAUGCAUACAUUGUGCAACAUCAAUUGCCAUUUUCAUUUUAUCACAGUAUAUCUGAAAUGCCAAGCCCCAGUUAAUUGUAGCUGUUUGUGCUUUGCAGAACUAUAAACUUUAGCUGGAGUUUUACACAGGUUUUACAAGUUGGUAUACUGUCAAGCACAGAGUUUUUUUCUUUUACAGUAACUACUAAAUGUACUUUAGGUUUGUAUUGUGUGAUUAAGGUGGUGGUGUUGUGUUUUUCAAUGUGUUAAUGUUUAACUCUAAUAGGAAGAAAUAUGCCAAAAAGAAAGUGAAAAUAUAAAUACUUCUGGUUUUCAGUAUUUUCUGAAAACGUACAUUUGAAAUCAUGUCUGCAUCGUUUCUGUCUUGCUAUGAGUACAGAAUAGAAAAAACAAAUCAGCAAAUUAAAAAAUUGAAAUUUGCAAACAUUUUUGUGAGUUAAUGCUACAAAGUUAGCAACAACCAAUUGAUUUUGUGAAUUUGACGACUCACAGUGCCUGCAUUUUGUAUUACUAACAUUAUAACAUUUAAUUUUCAUUUAAUGAAAACAAAAGGGCAAAGUUUGAAGAGCUUCAUAAAUCUGGCCCCUAAGUAAUAAAAUCCCAAAUGACCUAAAUCCAGACCCUACUUUGACAGAAUAACACUGCAGAUAAUAACUUUCCUGAUAUCGGUAUUAACUGUAAUCUGAUGUAAUCUGAUAAGAACAGAAAUCAAAGAUUUGGUCCAUCCAGUUGAGGUGUAGUCUAAUAAUUUCAGCACGGAGAAUCCGCAAUGAAUUAAUGAUUUAUUGAGUGCAAUUGAAGAUGAUUUAAUGAACUGUGAUGGGCACUCAGGGCCCGAGUGAAAGAUAAAUUUGGCCGGAGGCCUCGUCCGUGGGUGCUCGACGGCUACCUGCGUGAGGCCGGCUGGAAAAACAUGAACAGUUACAUGCAUCCCAGUGCCGCAGAUAGGAAGUGACUGUGGGCCACCUCCCCCCAAAAAGACGAGGCCACCAAACCAUGAAUGGAAAAUAAUAAUAAAUGAUUACCGCACCCCACAGUGGCGCACUGCCACCUACCCCCCAAAAUAUUGAAACAUUAAUGAAAAUGAGCAGCUGAGACACGGCCUGUCCCCUAGAGCAUGACUGCACUGGGGAAAGAGCCCAGCCUGACCACGCACCCCGCAGAACUAAAUACGAACCGCUCAGCACUCAGGUAAGGAAAACCCCCCUACUCGCAUAUUUGUAAUUUUUAAUGUAGGGGGAAACCUCAGAGAAUCCAUGGCUGAGGGUAGCCCUUCAUCCAGGCUCUAAGCGGUCGACUCCCAUUUCGGCUUCCCAGCACGUGACUGUCAAAGGCCGAAACAAAAGAAGCGACAUGGGAGAAUAACACAAGGAACCUUUAUGCGCUUGCAGAUGACGUGUUGGUUAGGGGUGGAUUCUCCUUGCAGAAAAACAGCCAAGUUUACAAUUAUUAGAGAAAUCUAAAGUGGUUUUGGAACUGGAUAAUAUAUUGAACAACAACGUGCGUUUAAAAUAGAAAAUGCACUCAGGCAAAACGUGAUUUUAGUCAGGGAACUCGUGAUAGAUACAAUAUUUAUUACAGAUUAGACACGAUAACACAUUGAUGCAUAUUAUAUGUUCUAGGAUAACACAUUUAACAUAUAAUAAUACAUCUUUGGCCUUUGGCCUCACCUCAGGGAAACCCUGCCCAUAAUUUUUCCACUGAUAAGUGGAGAGGCUGACUGUAGGAAAGCCAUGGGCAGGUGGCAGGAUAACUGCCAAAAAACAGGUGGAGGCUGGGUAGUAGGCAAAUUAACUCGCAGCAGGGAGGUAAUGGAUCAGGUAAGAUCUGAAUCCAUUCCCUGACGAUCGUUGGACAAGUGAUUACGUUGUUAGUGAUAAGGUACUGCUAUUUCGAUUGACAACUGUCUGGUUAUCCACACUUAAUAAGCUUGAUUUGAUUGACUGAUUAAAAGUGAGUUCCCUGUCUGAACCACCACUUUGCUUCAUAGAGGGCAUAUUUCAGGACAGAAAUUAACUUGCCUUGCAAGAUUUAUAUUAAAUUGUGUACUAAAUUUGUAUUAGUUGAGGAAAGUACAUUUACUCCCCAGUAACAAGCUAAGUGGUUUCUCAUUCAAAUUACAUUGCUCAGUAACUAUACAUGUAAAACACCCAACAGGUGUAGAUCUGGCUUGCUUGUAAAACUGUUCAAGUUACAGCAUGAAUAUUACAAGUUGCACUAUGUAUUAUCAUAUUUCCAAUACAUUAUGUAAUCAAAACACUGUAAGUUUUGUAUCCAUUAAAAAAAGUUUGUAAACUAGUUAGACAAUAAGUUUAGAUAAAAUAAAAUUUAAAAAAAAAACAUUGUCACAUUAACUGAACUUUUCAUAUGUAUUACGAAAGUAUUACAGCUGUGUAUUUCAAUUAUUUUUACGAAUAUAUUCUUUUGUAAUGUCUGUACAGAGUUAACAAACUAGACAUGUAUUAGGUUGUACUUGGUUUCUGUUGCUGUAGAUCUCUGUAUUGUGCCAGGAACAUUUUACAUAUGCAGUUUGAUAUGCUAGGUAUAUUCUCUGUUGUACAGACAGUACAAAGUAAAAGUAAUACAAGGAAUUAAGAGAGUGGAAAGUUGUAAAUGAAAUAUAUUUUUUUAAUUAUUUGAAAUUGUGGUCGCCAAAUCAUUUUUUUCUUGUAUUUUUUCAUUGGUAGAGUCAGAUUUUUCAUUGCAGUUGCAUUUAAAGGAAAAUUACUCUUAGGGUAUUAUUUUUACAGGUACCGUAUGUAAUUAGAGGUGAAUGGACAUUUUAUCUCGGUGCCUCUGGAUGAAUAAUAAAGUGCUACAUUACAGUAUAUUACACGGCUUUUGGAAUCAUACUGUUGGCAACCUUUUACUAAAUUAGG